AUGACUUGCAUUGUUUCUGGGUUUAAGCUGUUGUGUUUGUGUCUCCUGUUCGGCGCUGUUGCAAGUCGUCCAACCGCCGGACCUAAAGUCUUCAACGUCGGACGUUUUGGUGCUAAAGGCGACGGAAAAACUGAUAACACCUAUGCGUUCACAAAUGUGUGGAAGAGUGCAUGCUCCACAAGUGGAAAUAGUCAAAUAUAUGUACCAAAAGGAACAUUCUGUCUCGGUGGUGUAGAGUUCAUUGGACCAUGUAAAAGUAAGAUCGAAUUCAUCAUCGAUGGAACUUUAUUGGCUCCUUCAAAUCCUGACGACAUUAAACAGGUCAUAUGGAUCAACUUCAGAUACAUUAACAACCUCUCUAUCUCCGGUAAUGGAACACUCGACGGUCAAGGAAAACACUCUUGGCCACUCAAUGACUGCCAUAUAAACACUAACUGUCCUAAACUUCCUAUGAACAUGGGGUUCGCAUUCGUUAACGACUCUAGUAUCGAAGGAAUAACAUCACUCAACAGCAAAAUGGGUCAUUUCAACUUCUUCUCCGUCCAUCAGUUCAACAUCACCAACGUCACAAUAACAGCUCCUGGCCAUAGCCCUAACACCGAUGGUAUCAAAAUAGGUUCCUCAAGCAACAUGAAUAUUUCGAACACUCACAUAGGAACGGGAGACGAUUGUAUCGCCAUUCUCUCUGGAACAACUAACCUCGAUAUAUCCAACGUCACUUGCGGUCCCGGACAUGGGAUUAGUGUCGGGAGCUUGGGGAGGAACAAAAAUGAAAAAGACGUGAAAAGAUUAACGGUAAGGGACAUUGUUUUUAACGGCACGAGUGACGGGAUUAGGAUCAAGACAUGGGAAUCGUCGGCUUCAGAGAUUGUCGUUUCGGACUUUGUUUAUGAGAAUAUCAAGAUGAUUGAUGUUAAAAACCCGAUCAACAUCGAUCAAAAGUAUUGCCCUUAUCCUCCCUGUGAAAUUGAAAAGAAGGGAGAGUCUCAUGUUCAGAUCCAAGACGUGAAGUUAAAGAACAUAUACGGAACGUCAAAGACCAAAGCGGCGGUGAAUCUGCAAUGUAGCAAGAGCUUUCCUUGUAAGAAUGUUCAGCUAAUUGACAUUAACCUAAAUUACAAUGGACGAAGCGAGUUCUGUCCUGCCACUGCGGUGUGCCAGAAUGUUGAAGGUUCUACUCGUGGCCAGAUGGUUCCUUGUGAGAUAAAAAGUAGUUAG